AUGAGUCAAGAUCGACAUAAGGACAAUUCACCAAAUCCGCCAUUUGAAGGUUCCCAGCCUACUCCGAUCGAAAAAUCGACUGAAUAUAUACCAUCUCCACCUGAACCUGGUAGUGGCAAUAAUCUAAAUGAAGUACUAUUGCAACCACCUUCUGCUCUAGUCGAACAUCAUGGAAGAAAGAUCAUGGCCAAGACACUAGAUGAUAAAGAAGACAAUUAUGAAUGGAGAGAUUUAACUGGUCUUGACAAUCAAGCAAUUCGUCGUGUAUUUAUUCGAAAGGUUUAUAUAAUUCUUAUGAUUCAAUUAUUGAUUUCAUUUGGUCUUAUUACAUUAUGUAAUUUUAUACCAUCGAUUGGUAAAUAUGUGAGAAGUCCGAAUGGUAAACGAUUUUAUUUGGCAUCAUAUAUUGUUUUUUUGGUUACUUAUUUUGUAUUGAUUUGUUCGAAAAGUGCAGUACGAAAAUUUCCACUCAAUAUUAUUUUACUUACUGUUAUGACAUUAUCAAUGAGUUAUAUGCUAGGUAUGAUAUCUGCAUAUUAUAAAACUGAAUCAGUCUUUAUUGCUAUUGGUAUAACAGCAUUUGUUUGUUUUGGUGUUACAUUAUUUUCAUUUCAAACAAAAUAUGAUUUUACAUCAUGUUUUGGAGUUUUAUUUGCUAUGUCAUUGGCAUUUUUGGCUUUUGGCAUUAUUUGUAUUUUUACUUAUUCAAGAAUAAUGUAUACAAUAUAUGCUGGUGUUGGAGCUGUGUUUUUUUCGAUUUUCUUGGCUGUUGAUACACAAUUGAUUAUUGGUGGAAAACGGUACGAAAUAAGUGCUGAAGAUCAUAUUUUUGCAUCACUCAUGCUUUACAUAGAUAUUGUUAAUAUAUUUUUAUCUUUUCUUUCUGUAUCUGGCAGUCGGAAAUUAGUAUUUCGGCCUGAAAUAAAUAUGAUAAGAUUUAAUCAAUUAGAAAUCGUUCGAACUAAAAUUGUACAAAAAAAAUCUCCGUAUUUUUAUUCAUUUACUCUUGUUUUAGCUGUUUAA